AUGGCUAACCAAGAUCAGACUUCUCAAACUUCAUCUUCUCCAUCCACUGCUCAUUGUGAGCUCUCUCCAAUGGAGGAUCCGAGGAGUCCAUUCUUUCUGCACGAGGGAAAGUCACCAGGUGCAAUUCUUGUCACACAGCCCUUGACAGAAGACAAUUAUCCUAAUUGGGCUAGGGCUAUGCGUAUGGCAUUGGAUGCGAAGAGUAAGCUAGGGUUUGUGGAUGGCACUGUAACAACUUCCAUGGCCAUUACACCUCUGGAAAAGAUUGCUUGGUCAAAGAACAAUUCUAUGAUUUCUUCAUGGAUAUUGAAUUCAGUCUCUCCUCACAUCUCUGGAAGUGUGAUUUACAAAAAUACUGCAAUGGAGGUUUGGAAUUCAUUAAAGAACCGUUUCUUGCAAGCAAAUGGUCUACGAAUUUCACAACUCCAUAAGCAGAUUUCAACAAUCAUGCAAGGAGAGGCAACAGUGACUUCUUUCUUCACUGAUCUUCAAGCUUUUUGGGAUCAGUUGCUUAAUCUCAGGCCUUUACCAUGCUGUUCCUGUGGUAAAUAA